AAUCGUAUAGAGCGCGUCACUUUCAACGGUAGGUGUUUCAAGUGAAGAAAACAAGUGUUCAGUUUUUUAAAAAAAGAAAAUGCCAAUGACACCUGCUAUAACGGGAGUUGAAGAACAAGAAAAACUACUUGAGGAUGCAAUUGGUGUAGUCAAAGUGCAGGCUUUCCAAAUGAAACAUUGCCUGGAUAAAUCCAAAUUAAUGGAUGCAUUAAAACAUGCAUCUACAAUGUUAGGAGAACUUAGAACUUCUCUUUUAAGUCCAAAGAGUUAUUAUGAAUUAUACAUGGCAAUUACUGAUGAACUAAGACAUUUAGAACUUUAUUUAUUAGAUGAAUUUCAAAAAGGAAGAAAAGUUACAGAUUUAUAUGAAUUAGUACAAUAUGUUGGAAAUAUUGUGCCUAGAUUAUAUUUACUCAUCACAGUAGGAUUAGUAUAUAUCAAAACAACACCUGGCUUAAAAAGGGAUCUACUAAGAGAUUUAGUAGAAAUGUGUAGAGGUGUUCAACAUCCUUUAAGAGGUCUUUUUUUAAGAAAUUACUUAUUACAAUGUACCCGUAAUAUUUUACCAGAUGUUGCUGAAGAAGAUGAUGAAGAUGGAAAUGUGCGUGACAGUAUAGAUUUUGUCUUGAUGAAUUUCGCAGAAAUGAAUAAAUUAUGGGUACGCAUGCAGCAUCAAGGUCAUACCAGAGAUAGAGAAAGAAGGGAAAGAGAAAGAGAAGAACUUAGAAUUUUAGUAGGAACUAAUCUUGUACGACUAAGUCAGUUGGAAUCAGUUACUUUAGAGAAGUAUAAAAAGCUUGUUUUACCAGGAAUUUUAGAACAAGUAGUUAGUUGCAGAGAUGCAAUUGCUCAGGAAUAUCUUAUGGAAUGCAUAAUUCAAGUUUUUCCUGAUGAAUUUCAUCUACAAACAUUAAAUGCAUUUUUAAAGUCUUGUGCUGAAUUACAAAAUGGUGUGAAUGUAAAAAAUAUAAUUAUUUCGUUAAUAGAUCGUCUUGCAGCAUUUAGUCAAAGAUCAGAUGGUGUGGGAGGACCAGGAAGUCCUAAUCAAAUACCAGGAAUUCCACAAGAUGUAAAACUUUUUGAUGUUUUCAGUGAUCAAAUAGCUAUAAUUAUACAAACAAGACAAGACAUGCCUCCAGAAGAUAUAGUUUCUCUUCAAGUGGCUCUUAUUAAUUUAGCACAUAAGUGUUAUCCUGACAGAGUAAAUUAUGUGGAUAAAGUUUUAUUAACGACUGUUCAAAUAUUCCAAAAACAGAAUGUAGAUAAACUUGAGUAUAAUAGUGCUGUAUCAAGAGAGUUAGUGAGACUAAUGAAAAUUCCAAUAGAUAAUUAUAAAAACAUAUUAACUGCUUUAAAACUUGAACAUUUUGCCCCACUACUUGAUUAUUUUGAUUAUGAAGGCAGAAAGUUAUUAGCUAUUUAUAUAAUAACAAAUAUUUUAGAAAAUGAGACUUUAAUACCGACUUUAGAACAAGUAGAUGCAGUUCUUUCUAUGGUAUCUCCACUGGUACAAGACCAACUAGAUCAACCAAAUAUAGAAGAAGAUCCUGAAGAUUUUGCAGAAGAACAAGGUCUUCUUGGUAGACUGAUUCAUCACUUUAAAUCUGAAACUGCUGAUCAGCAAUAUAUGAUAUUAAGUGCUGCUAGAAAACAUUUUAGUGCAGGUGGAAAUAAAAGAAUAAAAUAUACUUUACCACCAAUUGUUUUUCAGGCUUAUCAAUUAGCUUAUACAUAUAAAGGAUUGAAGGAUCAAGAUGAAAUGUGGCAAAAAAAAUGUCAAAAAAUCUUCCAAUUUUGUCAUGCAACAAUUACAGCUUUAAUGAAGGCUGAACUAGCCGAAUUGCCAUUAAGGCUAUUUCUACAAGGUGCAAUAGCAAUAGGCGAAAUUCGUUUCGAUAAUUUUGAGAUGGUUGCUUAUGAAUUUAUGAGUCAAGCAUUUUCAAUAUAUGAAGAUGAAAUAAGUGAUUCUAAGGCACAAUUAGCAGCUAUUACAUUAAUUAUUGCAACAUUCGAACAAAUGAGUUGUUUUUGUGAAGAAAAUGCGGAACCAAUACGCAACCAAUGUGUUUUAUAUGCUAGUAAAUUAUUAAGAAAACCAGAUCAAUGUAGAGGUAUCGCUACCUGCUCUCAUAUAUUUUGGUCAGGAAAAUCGUUAGCAAAUGGUGGAAAA